GAGUGGGCGCGACUCGGUCAUCGUUACUGCUUGCGGCUUAUUUGUUCGAGACACAAAGUUUACUGCUUCAUCCUGCGGCAGAAUAAUUCAAGCUGCGUACCUACCUAGCAAAGCCUCUAGUGAUUUGGUCCCUUUUCCAGAAUUGUCGAUGGCCCGGUAGCCUUACUUUUCUCCAGACUCCAAGUCACUCACAAUGUCGAUCCGCCACUCGGUCUCGCACCUUACUCGGUCAAUAGCACAACGUCCAGUUGCUCGCUCACCAGUCAGCCUACUCAACAAAUAUGGCUCACAUAAAGCUGGCAUGGCCAGUGUGGUACCUCCGGUAACCCAAGAUUCCGUUGGCAAACAAGGCCCGACCGCAAUGGUAUUCAUGAAUAUGGGAGGUCCUUCUACGACGGAUGAAGUGGGAGGCUUCUUGAGCAGGCUAUUCGCAGACGCCGACCUGAUCCCUCUGGGACCGCUACAAUCAUACAUCGGGCCACUGAUUUCACGGAGAAGAACGCCGAAGAUUCAAAAACAAUACGCAGCCAUAGGCGGUGGUUCUCCGAUUCGCAAAUGGUCUGAGUAUCAAUGCGAAGAGAUGUGCAAAAUCCUGGAUCAAAUCUCACCGGAAACGGCGCCUCAUCUACCUUAUGUGGCCUUUCGAUAUGCCAACCCCUUGACAGAGCACAUGUACGAGCAGCUGAUCAAGGACGGGUUCGGCCGCGGUAAAGGUGGUCGAGCAGUUGCGUUCACACAAUAUCCUCAAUACAGUUGUUCCACGACAGGAAGUUCGCUGAACGAAUUAUGGAAGUGGCGCAACCGCCUCGAAGGCAAAAGAGCUACAGGAGAGGUAAAUCCCGAAGGGGCCAUUACAUGGAGUGUUAUAGACCGUUGGCCUACGCAUCCUGGCCUUGUGGAAGCAUUCGCAAGGAAUAUUGAGGACAAGCUGGCUGAGUACCCGGAGGAGCGCAGAAAGGAUGUGGUGCUGCUAUUUUCGGCCCACAGUCUUCCUAUGAGUGUGGUCAACAGAGGUGAUCCAUACCCUGCGGAAGUGGCAGCCACGGUCAAUGCCGUUAUGCAGCGGCUGAAACAGUCCAAUCCAUACCGACUGUGCUGGCAAUCACAGGUCGGACCUUCGGCAUGGCUGGGUGCACAAACAAGUGACACUGUCAAACAUUACUUCGAACGAGGGCAUACUGAUAUGAUCCUGGUACCUAUCGCCUUCACAAGCGACCACAUCGAGACUCUUUAUGAGAUUGACCAGGAAGUGUUGCAUGAGGACGCCAAAGGGCACCCGGGAGUCAAGCGAGCAGAAAGUUUGAACGGAAGUCCCGUCUUCAUCCAAGCACUGGCAGACAUUGCCCAUGCUCAUCUUCAAAGUGGUGACAGUUGUUCCAGACAGAUGGGUCUCAGAUGCCAGGGUUGUAAAAGUGAGCGUUGUUUAGAGCAGAAGAAGUUCUUUGCUGGAGAACAAGCAAAUAUUCUGCCCACUGUGAGGUAGGACGACUUGUAUGAACACUGUCUUCAAAAUUUACCUAGGAAUCUAAUAUCCAUCUACGUUCGAUGAUCAUAAGUUAGAUGUAAGAAGUGGUUCGUGAUUGAUGCUUGUUACGGAGGAUGGUGCGUAUUAUAGAUUCGGCACGGAGCAUGCAUUUCCUGGUUUAGCAUGCAGGGCGUGAAUGCAGAUUGGCU